AUGAGCGCGCGAAGAUCGUCUAUGAUCAACCCACAUUGCGAAUGCACACCAACAUUAGCGAGCACCGUAGCAGUACCGUGUUCUUACUUGACAAUGGAAUGGAAUGACGAUGUAACGUACGCUUUGACUCCCCUCAAGCUCAUAUCUGCGCCAUUAGGCUUUUGGCCUCUACAGGAAAAUAAUAUGUUCGAUUUACUACGUUAUAGCCUGGCUAGCGGAAGUAUGGUCUGGGUACUGGUCAGCCUCUGUUUCGAAAUCUACUACAACUGCAUCAACUCGUACGCGAAGAUCGACAUGCUUUUGAUUUUCACGUGCGGCCUUCUGGCAUUAUUGAAAAUAACUUGGUUUCGGAUAUAUGCCGAUAACCUAAUUAGCAAUUUCAACUCCGCCAUAGAGGAUUAUCACGCGGUUGACAACGACGAAAAGCGUGCUGUCAUGCGACGGCAUGCUUUCAUGGGGAGAAUGAUUUGCUACUGUGUCGCAUAUUAUGAAACGAAAUACCCGGUUCCCUCGACGUGUACCUUAGGCAGUUUGCCCAUCUCGACGACUUUUCAUAUUGUGAUCUAUGUGAUGCAGGCUAUCGUAUUAGUCAUCAUUUCCAGUGGUAAUCUCGGCGGUGACUCCUUUUACCUCGCGAUCACGUUGCACGUAUGCGGACAAGUGGAAAUUUUAAGAGACGAGUUUGCCAACUUCGGUAUGAAAAGCUCGAAUCCAAAAGAAGAUUUUUCAAAGCUGGUAACGAGACAUCAUUAUCUGCUGCAUCAAGCGAUGCUUCUGGCCGAUACAAUUAGCUUCAUUCUAGUGAUGCAACUACUCAUCAGCUGCAUCCUUAUUUGCAUAAUCG